AUGGCUUCUACCACCAUCUCAUACCCCAUCGAUAAGUACUCUUUCUGCGAGGUUCCUAUGUCACAUCCCGAUGCCAAACCUCAUUGGAAUCAUCACUUGGCUCGGGAUCAUAUCCACCUCGUCCUCCAACAUGAAGGACCCCUCGAACAGCCUUCUGAUCCUAAGUUUUCAUACAUGACGAAGCUUAUAUUGAAGGUUAUCUGGAGAGCUGAGACUUUGGAAUCAAUUAACAUAUCCGAUGUUCUCAACCAAAAAAGCGGUUAUGUUGACUUUGCGAAUAUGGUGUGCAUGAUUCGAUCUCCAUCUAUGGCACUGAAGUUCGUCAAUUUAAGAAGUCAUACUCUACGUCGGCUGCAGGUCCGAUUCUGCAAGCAGGAGGACUACCAAGCUGUCAUCUCGAGUUUAGAGCGCAUCGGAUGCCCUGUCCAGCACCAUAAUACAGAUAAUGGACAGGCAUCCCAGCAGCAGAAAGGCUUGAGAUCUCAAUAUGAACGACCUGAUACCGCUACCUCCAUGUUGAGUGUUGGAAAUCAAGUCCAAUAUUCGGGACCUGAUACAAUGAUGUCCCGAAUUAAUAAUACGAGCCCUGUCGAGCAUCGAACGCCACUGUUCCCUCAAGGAACUGGACUAGGAGCUGUAGCUCCUCAACCUCAUAGACAGUACAUGGGAGUCCAGCAGUCAAUCACAGAAUCCCCCCAUCAACCAGGAUUCCUCCCUGCUCAACCGACCCGCCAACUGAUUCCUCGACACCAAGAUCCAAUGAGAUUUUCUGUUCAACCGGGCAUCGGUUCUAGUCCUCCACCUCGUCCCGUGAAACUAGCAUCAUCUCAUUUGCACCAAUCAACUAUUGAUAUCUCAACUCCAUUUCAACCCCAACGUCGACUUAGCUUUGCGGCACAAGCUGAACCAUAUGUUAGCCCUACGACUUCUCAUCAUUUCAACCCUCACUUAUCUGCCCAGAGCCCAGGCAACGCCUUUGAUACAGCCUAUCACAAUCAUUUGCGACGAGGGAGUGAUGGAAAUGGUUCAUUUCCUUCUCACGCACAAGCCGAUACAUCGGUUCCUGUUUCUAGAGGUACACUUACCUCCGGUGGUACCCUCUUUGGGCAAAGCAGUAGCCAAGCACCAGAACCAUUCCCACAGGAAGUACGUCUACAAGCUUCCCAAGCUUCACAAGCUUUCGACCUAUCACCUCUCAGAGCCUCAUUCGAAGACGAAAGCCUCCCUCCACGCCGUUCCCUCCCAGACUUUGAAAAAAUCAACAAAGUCCACGGCGACAAACUACUGCCAAGCUCUUCAGGGAAGGUAUCUGGCAUGUUUAAAGCUUCCAAGGGUAAUGGAAGUAACACACCUUCUUUGAAACGAAAAGAACCAUGUGAGGAUGAAGACAUCGAAAAUACCGGAACUGGAAAUGCGAGGAAAGCUGGUCCUGCUAAACGAACCAAGCUAAAUCCUGUCGCUCCUGCGGUAACUGUUACCCCAGCGAAAAAGAAGCCCGCUGCACGAAAAGCUACUACGAAGCCCAAAGGUUCGCAAAAACCAGCUGCUUCACAAAAGAAUGUCGCUGCCACGAAGCCGAGGAAGCCUGCAGCAAAACCCAAGAACCCCACUCUCACACCUGUAGUUUCAGCAAAACCACAGCCAAAUACAUCUACCCAGCUUCCCUUAUCGGCACCCGUCCCGUCCCCUCCACGGGCUAGCGCUCUACAAGAAACACCCCCUUCAAAGCUCAACUUGAAUCCUCAACCAUCACCAGUAGCUCCCGCUCCCGCUGCUAUUCCAAAAGCUAAACCACAAACAAAAACCCAGGCUAAACGACAGCCAAAGACUCAGGCCAAACAAACUAAAGCAAGGCCAGUUAGUCGUGGGAAAGCUGCUAUGAUUAAGGAGCUCGACGGUGAUACUGACGAGAGGAUGCUCUCCCAGAUGCUAAAUAGUGAAACGCAUCUGGUCAUGCUAGAGAAGCUUGAAGGCGUGUGGGCUAGAGCUGGUUUCAGGGCAAGAAUUCAGGCAAGCGUCGUAUUAGGAGAUGGUACUAAUAAACCUAGUGGUAAGACAGGCGAGGCUGUUGUUGGUGUUAUCGGCUGA